AUGAGGGAAAUGGAGAAGACACCCGAGACCCUGAGUCAAGUAAACCAAGUCCUUAAGCAGAUGGUUCGGGUCUUGACGCUCCACGAGGACUUCUUAAACGUGGUGUUGCAAGAGAGGGAGUUGAUGAUGUUCAUUACUCACUCCCAAGGUGGCAUAUUGCCACUCCUUCUGAAGACCUCGGAGAACUGGCACAAGAAAGAGGAGGAGCUCAGCAAGCGACUUCCCCUCCGAGUUGCCAUGCUCACCACCAUCCUUACGGCCAAACCGGUGUCCACCAACCAGAUCCUACUACUGAUCAAGGAGCUGCUAAACCUGAUUCUCAACGUGCAGGAGGACGUGGUGCUGAGAUUCGCGGCCAAGCGCAACAUCGCCAAGAUGCCGCAGCCUACUCUACUGGACAAACCGGUCGUGCCAUGGCAGCUGACCUUGGGCUGCCGCAGCGCAGAUGGGCGGAGGGCCACGGAGAUUUUCCGUUACCUGGCGCGCUCGGCAGUGUGGCAGCUGAUCAUGGGAAGACUCAGGCCGGCGAACCAGCAACGACAGCCCCCGCUACAGGAUGUUCAAAAACUGGUGGGCAUGGGACCGACGGACAGAUCGCACAAGGAGGCCGGCACCUCCUCGCUCCAGGCCAUCCCGAGCUUGGGAGAACCGAGCAUGAAGGCGAUGCUGGGGGCUUGA